GUCGCAGUGUAUGUGUUUUUUUCUACAAUGACGUGAUACACACACUUUUUAUUUCCGCAAAUAUCUCAAGAUUUUAUUUCUUUUUGUGCCAAUUCAACGGUUUAUCAGUCGGCAGCGGUUCUCUGUCGACAAAAUUGAACACUUAAUAGUAACCCUAAUAGUGUACCCGUACUGUAAGUUACUAAACUAUUCCGAUACCGUUGAAAGUUAAAGUUUGAUUGCUGUUGCUUUCGGAUGCUUAUUUUUUAUAUCUAGUCUUAUGCUUAAAUUGGUUUAUUGUGUCCCGAAUUCGUUUUCUCGCAAUUUUGUAAGCUCGGAUAAACGAGUUGUUUAUAUGGAUCCUGCUAUAGGAUGGUUUCAACCUGAACAGUACGGCCCAGCGUUAUCCUUGUGGAAUGAAAUUUGGAGUACCCAUCAAAGAGUAAAUCGGCAUGAAAUUUUUUCAAAAGUAGAUAUGAAAAGCAACGAUGGUUUGGUUAUGAAUGGCAACUGCUCAGUUUCGCUUGAUGACAGAAAGCCUGUGGUAAAGAAAUCUGACACUAACGUCGCAGCCGAUAACCCCUUCUACAAUCGCAUCAGAAGGAAAGAAAACAAAGCGAGCACAUAUGGUCUGAGUCGUAACAACGAUAUAAUUUCCCAUGGUGGUACGCCAUGGCGAUCGAAAGAAAAACUCUACAGUCCAGGUUUAUUAGGCUUACAUGAAGAAAUUGAAGAUUUCUAUACUUACAUAUCUCCAACACAAGCAGAGCAUUUCAUUAGAUUGGAAGUUGUUGAAAGAAUAACAAAAAUUAUCACGAAGUUAUGGCCUCAAGCAAAAGUGGAAGUAUAUGGCAGCUUUAGAACUGGACUUUAUCUUCCUACUAGUGAUAUUGAUUUGGUAGUGAUUGAGAAAAAAGAAAUCUCUUUCUGGGCCCUGGAAAAGGCAUUGUUGGACAACAAUAUUGCUGAGGCUCAUUCCAUAAAGGUGCUUGAUAAGGCUUCCGUCCCAAUUGUGAAACUUAUUGAUGCCAAAACAGACAUUAAAAUCGACAUUAGUUUUAAUAUGAAUAAUGGUGUAAAAAGUGCUAAUUUAAUAAAAGAUUUUAUGCAUACUUACCCUGUUUUGCCAAAACUUGUACUGGUCUUGAAGCAGUUUCUUCUUCAGCGAGAUUUGAAUGAAGUUUUCAUGGGAGGAAUAAGUUCUUAUAGUUUGAUUCUUCUUACUAUAAGUUUUUUGCAACAUAUUAAAUGUAAUGGAGAAGGUGAUAACCUGGGAAAACUCUUGAUAAUGUUUUUUGAGUUAUAUGGCCGACACUUUAAUUAUCAUAAUACUGGUAUCAGCGUAAAAAAUGGAGGAGCUUAUUUUAUCAAGGAAGACUUUCUAAGUUCAAUGUCUGAUGGAAACAGACCGUCAAUUCUGUGUAUUGAGGAUCCUCUUCUACCUGGUAAUGAUAUUGGAAGAAGUUCCUACGGUGCACUGAAUGUAAAAAUCGCUUUUGAAUAUGCUUAUAAGGUGCUCAGUGAAGCAGUCCGUCCAAGUAAUAGCUGUGUUGUUAGAGAAAAUAGCAUUUUGGGCCGCAUUGUACGUAUAACAGAUGAAGUUAUAGACUCUAGAAAGUCUUUGAAUGAUACAUUCCUUAUUGAAAGCAUUGAUGCAUGUCGGGAUAUUCCAAGUAUUUUUCCUGUUGCCAACUGUCCUGUUUUGAAUAGCGUUGAAGAAAAAGUGAAAACUGCUGUACAAUUAAAUGGGACCACUGCACAAGAAAGUGAAAUUUGUUGCAGCUCUUGUUCCUCUGACAGUCAUUCAAUUCAUUCAUCUUGUGUAUCUUCUAGAUGUUCCAGCAGUUCAGGAUCCAGUAUGGCUAGUGAUACUGAUUCUGAUGCUAUGCCAGAUGCUCUUCCUAAUAAGCAAGAUGCCGAAAAAGAAACUAGUCCUAAAUCUGAUAUUUCUGUGAAAGAAAAAACAUUAAAGUCGAGUGAUAUCAAAGCUGUGAAGCAUAAAAGCAUUGAAAAAAAGUUAAGCAAUUUACAUCUUCAGUGUAAUGCUUCAGGUGAUAGUACUGUACAAAGCACAAGUGAAAAUGGAAAACUAGCAAAAGAUUUGAAAUCAGGAGCCACAAAUGGAUAUUGGAUAAAACCUAAAAAAUAUUCAACAAGCUCACAUAGUCAACCCGUAGUCAAUAUUUCUCAAGCAAAUGGAGAAAUCAUUUCCCCAGUGAAUGUAACUUUUCAAGGCCUCUCAAGCCGUAAAAAAUCUGCAACAAAAAAAGAACCUGUGAAUGGUAGCAUAUCGAACAAAAAAGAUGGACCAGUACUUGUUGGACGGUAGCAUAUUUACUUUUAUUGUUACUCAAAAAGUCUUCCAUUUGCUUUGUGUUAUGGGUUGGGUCAGUAUUUAAAGGUUGAUCAUUUGAUUUGAGUUUAAGCAACGUUCAUCCAUCCAAAAUCCACAUGAAAGGAUUUUGUGUUCUCAUGUGCAUUAGUGGGAAGACCACUUUUCCAUUCCAGCACAAAGUGGCAAAAUAUUCUGUGAUUAUGUGCUGCUUUACAAAAGUUAGAUGGUGAUAAAAUAAGCACCACCUCUUGACAUUGCCUAUUACUGUCACAAUUUUCUAGCUGUGAUGAGACAUUGGAAUUUUUUCCAGUUUGUUAGAAAUGUAACUAUUAUGAAGAGAAUAAAUUACGGACACAGUUGCUAUUUCUCAUAAGCAGCUACAGAUCUAUUUCAAAACUUUCUGGGGUCCAUGCUUCAAUAAUAGUCUUGAAUGACUUUUCCCUUUAUGUAAGGGGAUGUAUUUCUUACCUAUGAAAAGUGCUGCUGUGUAUGUGAAUGCAUAUAUAGUGAUUCAUAUAACAUAUAUGCAUUUGUAUGUAUAGGUUUGUAUGAAUGUAUGAGUGAAAGGUUAAGUGCAUGCAUGAAAUUAUAAUUGUUCCACCUGAAAGUUUGAAAGAUAUGAAUGUUUUAUGUACCAAAAAUUUUUUUACCUAAGUCAUGUUUUUCGAUUCUGCUCAUUGUAAAUGAAAGAAUUCCUUUCUUAUUGUUUUAUCAUCAAUUUUGCUGAAAAAGUUGAUUGAUAUUUUGUUUUUGAUUUGUACAGCAAUAUAUUCUUGGGGUUUGGAAGACUAGACUUGUUUCCCAAGUUUUAAUAAUCUAAGUCAUGAAAAUAGGUAUGGUCGUGAAAUAAACUAGAAAAAUUAUGUACAAUAUUGUACUAUCAGGGAAGUGCCUUCUAUUUAUGUACUUCUUAGCUGUUUAGAUUUCUUUUUUGUACUUGACUUGCAAAAUAUUCUAAGAUGUAUUUAUAAUAUGUUGAAUUCAAAAAAAUUGUCAGCAUUUUAAAAAUUUUGGUUGAAUUUUUAUUUUUUCAGGUAUUUUUCUUUUAAGUAGAUAAAAUUAAGCAUGCUGUUAAGUUUUGAAUUUUGCUACUAAAUAAUUCAAACUUCACUCAUUUUAACAUUAAUAAUUUGAGAUAUUCUAUAUAAUUGAUUCCAUUUGGUGUUGUACUUUUAUUUUUAAUUUGGCACGUAGCAUAGAACUUAUUGAUUUUAAUAAUAUAAUGUUAAAAUUUUACAAAUAAAGGCUUGAAGUGAUUUUAAAAUAUUUUAAUUAGCUAAACAUCUGUAUACUUAUUUUAUUCUUACAAGGCAAAAAGUGAGGUUAUGUCUUUCAUAGUGUACAUCAACACACAUUGUACUCGACAUUUUCCAAAUUUUUAAUAUUUGCUUUACUAUUUUCUUCCAUAUUUGAGUGUGCGUUAUUGAGUAUUUGGGAUUUAUUUCACGAGGGAGGGUAAUAUUAGUGUUUUUUGUAUUGAUAACAUCAUACAUAAUGAGAUCUCACUUUUAAAUUAGUUUCAUGCUAAUUUUUUUUUAAAAAUACUUUCAAGAAUUUCAGUGUCCUGUCAUGUAACAGUAAAUGUAUUCAUCCAACGCAACUGAGACAUUGUUAAUUAAAACUGUUGGUAUAUUUUGUGUAAAUGUCAUCAGUCAUAUUUUUUUAAAUGUAGACUUGAGAUACUUGUCCAGAGUGUUCAGAUAUGACUGUUUAGAGAAAUUUAAACAAUUUGCAUAUUGAAAUUCAGAUGUUCAAAACAUUUGACACGUUUUUUUAACAUAAUUUUGUAAACAAACAGUUAUGCUUGUCAGAGAAAGUCAUCUUAAGGUUUUAUAUUGAAAGAGUUUUCUUUUGUUGUCAUUUUUGUGAAUGCAUCCAACUCCCACAUGUGAAAAUCUUUUCAAUCUACUGUCAUCAUUAUCUGCUGAAAAAUUUUUUGCAUUUAAUUUGCAUGGAUAAAUCUCAUUUAGCAAUAACAGAAAGAGAGAGCAUAACUAUUUGUUUUCAGUUUUAUUGGUGCUUUAUCAUCUGUUGUAUUUUUCUUAAGUGAAUGAGCAGUAGUCUGCAUUGUCUUUCGUGCCUCAUAAUCAUGAUACUGGAUACCCAUCUAUAGUCAAGUGUUCAGUUAUUUAAAUUGCUUAUUUAUUGUUGCAUGAUUUCCUUGUACAUUUCAUGCAACUUUUUUGCCAUAUUUGUUUCUUUAUGGUGUAGUUAAAGUUUACAAGUCUUUUUUUUUUUUUUUUUGAACUAUUCUUGCAUGCAUUUGCUCAGCAUUUGAUUUGCAUAAUGAUUCCACUAUUAUGAUGUUUAUAGAGUUCAUUAUGAACUGAAUUUGAAUAUUAUUUGAACAAUAACAUUAUAAUGUAUUAAUUAUAUCAGCCAAAAAUUAUUCUAUGUUAAAGCAUCAAAUUAUAUGAAAAGAUGUUAUGUUGUUUGGCCUUCUUUUUUUAGGCAUUGUGCUAAAGGUAAUGUGUUGAACAACGUAAAGAAAAUAUAAAUUGUACAGGUUUAAAAAAAAAUAAUAAAUAUUCUAAAACCUUUU